AUGCCCUGGUUACUUGCUAAUUAUUGCCUUCAUUGCCGCACAGUUGCCUCUCUAAUUGCGGUAUAUGCUGAAUGGGACUUUGCAAGGAUUAAAGGCAUUGGUUGGGGAUGGGCAGGAGCCAUCUGGGUAUACAGUAUUGUUACUUACUUCCCUCUUGAUAUUCUCAAAUUCACAAUCCGAUACGCCCUCAGCGGCAAGGCCUGGGACAACGUACUCGACAAUAAGACAGCCUUUACAACCAAGAAGGAUUACGGAAUAGGCGAAAGAGAAGCACAAUGGGCAACAGAACAACGGACGAUGCACGGCCUGCAGCCACCAGAAACCAUAUUUCAUGAGAGUAGCAGCCACGAGGAUCAUUCAGAGAUUGCUGAGCAAGCCAAGAAAAGAGCUGAAAUUGCAAGGUAA